AUGACACUGGACGAGUUUUUCAACUGUUUUUAUAUUAAAAAAAUGUUGGAUAUAACUUCAUGGACUCCGGAGUAUGUUGUAGCAAAUGAGGAAUCAUGCAGUAAUCAUCUGUCCAAACUGGAAGUACGAGAUGCAAUUCCACUUUUGAAUUGUACCCAGUUGCAUGAUCUAAAAGACAACUCGCUAGUACGUUUUCGUGGAAUGAUACAAGAUAUGCAGGAUCCCGAGUGCUAUCUGGAACACUAUGAAGUUCUUGGAAAAGUUGACAGUAAUUCAAUUCGAACACAAAAUGGUAAAUUCAGAGAUGUGCUAGUAAUAUCCAAAGAAACGGAAACGGUUGAUUUUAAAAGCGUUAAUAAUCGAUAUGGUGAAAGGAGGUCAAUGUUUGUCAUAACGAUUCCAGGUUACAAUAACUGGGCUCUUGAUCAUGACAGAACAAAUAUUGGUGUUGAUGGGUGCCAACACAAUGUUGCUAAUAACGCUGGAUGUGCCAAACGUUUACUUGAACAUGAACCAAUGGAUACAGAUGAUAGUAUGACUGGAAGAAGCACGGCGAAGAAACCAACGCUACAUAUAGAACCAGCUCUGGCGGAGGAGCAGGCAAGUUCUUCAAAGAAUGUUGUGUCUGGGGAAAAAACUGCGAAAGUUCUUUCAGCUGAAUAUUUACUUAAUUCUCCGAUACCAGAGAGACCUAGCAAAGCAUGUUUAGUAAAGUUGUACUCAAACUUCGAUGAGCCAACGUUGAAUACAUUGAUUGACGUUGUAGGAUUUCUUUCAGUGGACCCUGCAUUAGACGGAAGUACUGAUCAAAUGGAGGAUUUUCCGGACGAGAUACCUGAGCAUCACGCAACCAAUCCACCUCCAUCCCUCAUCCCUCGGAUACAUGCGAUCAGUAUUCAUAAGUUGAAGCACACUAAUCCAAUGUUGCAAAACGUAUGUGAUAACGCAGGAACGCAGUGUGAUAUCUGGAAAGAUAUUCAGAAUUUACUGACCCAGUGUCUGUUCGAAGAUAAAGUUGCUGCCGAUUAUUUAUUCUGCCAUUUAAUAUCUACCGUCUAUAUACGAAAUGAAUUAGAAUCUCUAGGUCAAUUCAGUUUGAAUCUAGCUAAUGUACCGACUGAAGCACUUCCUUACUAUACUGAAGGAAUAUAUGAGAUUCUUGAACUCUUACUACCAGCUAGUCAUUAUUUCCCAAUGACGUUGGAAAAUAUGAACACCAAGCAGUUUGUUCCAAAGAAGGAUUACGCUACCAACAAACUUACCAGCGGAUUACUUCAAUUGGCACCUCAUACCCACCUUGUACUAGAUGAAACAAAAUUGCAACCAGGAAAGCUGGAAUCAAGUGGUGUGGAGGCAGUGCAAAGCGUUGCUCAUCUAAUCAAAACACAAAAACUGAAGUACAACUUUCAGUUUUAUCAACUAGAAUUUAACACCGAUGUUCCGGUGUUGAUUUUUAGCGAAGGCCGUAGUAUGCUUCCAACUAAUUGCUAUCUUCCAUUAAUGCCGGAUUCGGAUGCCAUCAAGCUAAUCGUGGAAACGUUAACGGCUGGUAAGCAUUUCAUACAGCCGAAACUGUCCGAUAUGCGCAAGUUUCUUACCUUGCAACGCGUUCAGGAGUUCGAUAUGAAGACUUUUGAUCCGGAAAUCAUUCAAAACGACUUUAUUCAGAUGCGUAAGGAAACCGAUGCUUCAGCGGACGAUUUGCACUCACUACUGGUGCUUGCACGUCUAAUUGGCUUGUCUCGUGGUAAGAAAAUGCUGGAUCGAGAUUGUUGGGAGUACGCAAAGCAGCUCGAACGAGAACGGAAACGUAGACUAGAUGUGUUUGCAAAGCGAAAAAAUGAACUUUGA